UAUUCUCGCCUUUAUUCUCUCCCUUAUUCUCUCCUUUAUUCUCUCCAUAACUCUCUGAGUUGUGCAACAGAUCUAUGUCUGUGUGUGUGUAAGUGAGUGUGUGUCAGUGUGAGUAUCAGGAACAGAAAUCAUAAAGAAAUAGAAGAAUCCUUUCAUGCAAUAAUUAUAUGAAGAGUCACAGGUAAUUUAAUAUUUUUGUGUUUUUGUAAUGAGUGGAAGUUAUGUGUUGCUUGCUGUCCAACGUAUAAUUAAAAAAAAUCUGAAUACUACACUAAAUGAGCACAGCAGGAGAAUGCAAGCUUGCCUUUACUGAUAUAACCGUAUAGAUAUAAUGGUGUGUGGUUCCAUUUCUUGACGAAGGUCAAAAGUGAAAAAGUAAAUAGUGAAAAAUCAAAAAGAAAAAAGGAAAUUAUGGAAUAGUCUCUUACCAAGGUAACCCCAGUCCUAGGGUUUGCCAAACUUAUAUUUUACGCACAACGUAAAACAAGUCUAUGGGUGUCAUUUUUUCAGCAAAACAAGGCGAAAAAAUUUGCCCAUCCCUACGUAUAGAGCAUUCAAAUGUUUAAAAAAUCUUUAUUACUCAUCUUUACUGAGCUGUAAUUGCUAAACAAGGUUGUGUGUUCAAGAAAUACAUUUUGAACCUGAAUUAUUUCCAUGUUGUGCUACAUAAAUGUAUUGCUUUCAUUGGAAUAAGUAUAAAUACUUAUUCUCACAUUUCACUUAUGUUAUCAAUGGUACAUCAGAUCUGUGUAUAAAAUACAUUUAUAGUAUAUUUGUGUUAUCAGACAGUGUGUAUUCAGGUCCCUGUGGGCCCCUGAGAAAUAUCAGUGGAAAAGAGGGAGAAACUGCAACUCUACAUGUAAAUGCAACAGGAGGCAGAUAUAUUGUUUGGGUUCUUGUCAGUGGUAACAGCACAAAUACAUUUGCUGAAACAAAACCAAACUCCAGUAUCAAUAUCAGAGACUAUCAGUACAAGGGGAGAGUGAGCAGCACCAAUGAUGGUUCCUUAAUCUUCACUCAUCUCACCAAAAAGGACCAAGGUAUCUACAAAGCAGACGUCUCCAAGUCAGACUGCUCUCACUUCUACAGUCUCAGGGUCUACAAAUCCCUGGUGGCUGAGGAUAUACAGAUGCAUCACAAUAGGAGUGAGAGCUGUAACGUGAUAUUAAGCUGCACAGUAAAUGAACGGGAUGUGACCAUUAGCUGGAGUCAUACAGACAGGACAGGCCCCACUCUCCAUGUGUAUAAUGUAUCAGAUGCAGGUGUCUAUACCUGUACUGCACACAAUCCCAUCAGCAACGCCUCCAAGAGUCUCACUCUCACCCAUAUCUGCUACAAUGGUGACUAAUGUAAAAUUAACUUUAAAGCAGUAGAUAUAAUAAUAUACAGACUUACCUGCCUGGAAUUUGCACUCCCUGGUUCCAAAUUGACUUAUUAUUAUUAAUACCAGUUGUCCUAUAUUUAACUUGAUACAAUCUUGUCAUGAUACUGAUCUAUUAUAUCUGCCAUUCCAGCUUCUUUUCUCUAUAGAGACACAUCAUUAAAACCAAACACCUUUUUUUCUCAAGAGAUAUCAUUGGUUCCUCUGAAAAGAAAUGGAGAAGCUUCCUAUUUAUAUAUCUGUGCAAAGUUAUCAUAUCCUCAAUAAAGUUUCUCGUCUGCAGAUUAAAAAUAUCCCAACUCAGCCAGCCCUUUAUGUCCGAGAACUUCCAUUCCCCUUGUUAUUUAAUUGUUGUCGUGCUCUUUGCUUUGUACAUCCACAAUGUCCUUUUAGGACAAUCAUAACCGUAUAUACUCGCGUAUAAGCCGAG